AUGUUCUAUUUUGAUGCAUUUGUGGGUUGCGACAUGAAAUUAUGGCGCAAAGAGUUUGCGGUAUUUGAAUAUUGUCUUGUGGCUAGUUAUUUGGAUAACAUAUCUGUGGAAGAAGUUUUGAAGUCGAGAAAUUGCGAAAAUGGCAGCCUCGCCUGUCAAGUUUCUCUUCGGCUUCUUGUUGCUUUCCAUCACAUUGUGGUUGCUCUUCAUAGACAAGGGGAAGGCUAUGAUUAUGUUUUGAUAGAUGAUUUGGAGUUAAACAAAUUGUUUGAUAUUUUGUGUUUUGCUUCUAGGUUGGUGGCUUGGAUUUUGAGCCGAAUUGUGGGGGCAUCUGUUGGAUUUCGAGUUGGGGGAUGGAAAUGUUUGAGGGAUCUUGUGGUGAAGUUUAAAAAGGGUCCUGUUGAAUCUAUAUCGGUUGGUGAGGUUAGACUCAGCAUACGUCAGUCUUUGGUCAAACUUGGGGUUGGUUUCAUUUCCCGGGAUCCCAAGCUGCAAGUGUUAAUAUGCGACCUGGAAGUUGUAAUGAGGCCUUCUCGUAGAGGCACAAAGAAAACAAAGACUCGAAGAUCCCGAUCCCGCUCUUCAGGCCGGGGAAAAUGGAUGGUCUUAGCUAAUUUAGCAAGAUUUUUGUCAGUUUCUGUGACAGAUUUGGCUGUGAGGACACCCAAAGCUACAAUUGAUGUUAAGGAACUGAGACUAGAUAUAUCCAAAGAUGGUGGAUCCAAGCCAAAUCUGUUUGUUAAGCUUAAAAUAUUACCUAUUCUUAUCCACAUGGGUGAACCACGCAUCAGUUCUGACCAAACGCUUAACUUCAACAGUGGAGGUUGCAUUUCUUCAGGAGAGGUGGCAUUUGGUAAUAUGGAAAGAGAAGUAGGUGUAAUAAUCCAGAAUGUGGACAUUAACAGUGGAAUGGUUUCUGUGAACCUUAAUGAGGAGCUGCUUUCAAGUAAAAAGACUUCAUCAGAUGCCUUUGCUCCUACAGAUAAAGAGUCAGUGGCUGAUUCUGCAGUUUCUAAAAAUCCACACAACAAACAAUCAAAACUUGAAGUAAUUACGCAGUAUACUUCCAUGAUUCCAGAAAAGGUUUGCUUCACUUUACCAAAACUGGAUUUUAGGUUUGUGCAUCGAGAACAUGAUCUUGUUGUUGAGAAUAAUAUCAUGGGCAUCCAAUUAAAGAGCAUCAAAUCACGAUCUGCUGAAGAUGUAGGGGAAACUACACGGCUUGACAUUCAGAUGGAUUUCAGCGAGAUUCAUCUUCUUAGAGAAGCUGGCACUUCUGUGUUGGAGAUAUUGAAAGUUGAUGUGGUCUCUUUUGUCUACAUUCCUACAGAGCCAAUCUCACCAGUUAGAGCUGAAGUUGAUGUUAAGCUGGGAGGUACUCAGUGCAACAUCUUAAUGAGCAGAAUAAAGCCAUGGCUGCGUCUCCACCACUCAAAAAAGAAAAAAAUGGUGCUUCGAGAGGAAACAUCUACUCCUGUCAGGUCACUGACCACCAAAUCCAAUGUCAUCAUGUGGACAUGUACUGUCUCCGCUCCUGAGAUGACUAUUGUGCUUUAUAGUAUCAGUGGUUUGCCUCUGUAUCAUGGUUGCUCACAAUCAUCACAUGUGUUUGCAAAUAACAUAUCAAGCAUGGGAACUGCAGUGCAUAUGGAACUCGGUGAAUUAAACUUGCACAUGGCAGAUGAAUAUCAAGAAUGCUUGAAAGAAAGCCCAUUUGGUAUGGAAUCAAAUUCAGGUGCCUUAAUGCACAUAGCAAAGGUUAGCUUGGAUUGGGGCAAAAAAGACAUUGAAUCAUCUGAAGAAGAUGGUGCUAGGUGUAAAUUGGUGCUUAAUGUUGAUGUAACUGGGAUGGUUGUUUAUUUGAAUUUUAAGCGUGUAGAAUCACUUAUAACAACUGCCAUUGCCUUUCAAGCUCUCUUGAAAAGUAUGUCUGCUUCUGGUAAAAGAAUGGCACAGAGUCGAGGAGGACGAUCAUCUAAACCAUCAGGGAAAGGAACUCAAUUCUUGAAAUUCAAUCUGGAACGCUGUUCUGUAAACUUUUGUGGUGAGACAGGCUUGGAAAACACAGUUGUUGUGGAUCCCAAGCGUGUCAAUUAUGGAUCACAGGGUGGUCGGGUAAUAAUUAGUGUCUUGGAUGAUGGCACACCACGCAGUGCAAACAUAAUGUCCACUGCUUCUGAUGACUGCAAGAAUUUGAAAUAUUCUGUUUCACUUGAUAUCUUCCAUUUCACUUUGUGUAUGAACAAGGAGAAACAGUCCACAGAGAUGGAACUUGAAAGAGCAAGGUCUAUGUAUCAGGAAUAUUUGGAGGAAAAUAAGCUUGAUACAAAAGUUACGUUGCUUGACAUGCAGAAUGCAAAAUUUGUACGGCGUUCUGGUGGUGUUAAAGGAAUUGCCAUCUGCUCUCUCUUCAGUGCUACGGAUAUUAAAGUCAGGUGGGAGCCUGAUGUACAUUUGUCAUUAAUUGAACUAGUUCUGCAAUUAAAGUUGCUGGUACACAAUCAGAAGCUUUGGGUUUAUGGUAAUGAAUGCAAGGAAGAUGCCUCUAGCAUGAAAGACACCAAUCAGAAAAAAGAACCCCCUUUGGCAUCAGAAGAUAAGCAUAAGAAAAGGGAAUCCAUAUUUGCUGUUGAUGUGGAAAUGCUCACCAUAUCUGCUGAGGCUGGAGAUGGGAUUGAAGCAGUGGUGCAGGUUCAGUCAAUUUUCUCUGAGAAUGCCCGUAUAGGAUUACUUCUUGAAGGCCUUCUUCUCAGUUUCAAUGGGUCUAGAGUGUUGAAAAGCAGCAGAAUGCAAAUUUCCCGUAUUCCUAGCACUCCUAGUAGCUUGUCUGAUGCUAAAACACCAGCCUCGAUGACAUGGGAUUGGGUGAUUCAAGGGCUUGAUGUCCAUAUCUGCCUGCCAUACAGGUUGCAAUUGCGUGCAAUUGAUGAUUCGAUUGAGGAUAUGUUGCGGGGUCUGAAGCUUAUAACUGCUGCUAAAACUGCACUGAUAUUUCCCAUGAAGAAAGAAAGCUCAAAGCCCAAAAAGUCUAGUUCAACAAAAUUUGGAAGUGUAAAGUUUUGUAUACGCAAGCUUACAGCUGAUAUCGAGGAAGAACCAAUUCAGGGUUGGCUUGAUGAACAUUAUCAUCUGACGAAGAAUGAGGUCUCUGAGCUCGCUGUCAGGUUGAAAUUCUUUGAUGAAUUUAUUUCCAAAGCCAACCAUGGUCCUAAAGCUGCUGAAACAAUUGAUUCUAGUCAAGAAGGAAAGGUUAUGUAUGAUGGAGUUGAGAUUGAUCUACAAAACCCUUCAAAUAUUCAGGAAAUGCGAGAAGGUAUAUAUAAACGGUCAUUUAGAUCGUAUUACCAUGCAUGUCAAAAGCUAGUAACAUCAGAAGGUUCAGGUGCCUGUGUGGAAGGAUUUCAGGCUGGUUUCAAGCCCAGCACUGCCAGAACUUCUCUUCUUUCUAUUUCUGCUACAGAAUUAGAAGUAAGCUUGACAAGAAUUGAUGGUGGAGAUGCUGGGAUGAUAGAGGUUCUAAGGAAACUUGAUCCUGUUUGUCGUGAGAAUGACAUACCAUUUUCUCGACUUUAUGGGAGUAAUAUUUUCUUGCGUACAGGGACUCUGGCUGUUCAGUUAAGAAAUUACACAUUUCCUCUUUUUGCUGCUACUUCUGGUAAAUGUGAAGGUUGCAUUGUGCUAGCACAGCAGGCAACAAGUUUUCAGCCCCAAAUUUACCAAGAUGUCUUUAUUGGGAGAUGGAGAAAGGUGAGCAUGCUCCGUUCUGCUAGUGGCACAACUCCUCCAGUUAAAUCGUACUUCAAUUUACCUUUACACUUUCAAAAAGGAGAAGUGUCUUUUGGAGUGGGUUAUGAACCGUCUUUUGCUGAUGUGAGCUAUGCUUUUACUGUGGCUCUUCGUAGAGCUAAUCUAAGUGUUAGGAAUUCUGGUGCUCCGCAAGUUCAACCGCCAAAAAAGGAGCGUAGCUUGCCAUGGUGGGAUGAUGUGAGAAACUAUAUUCACGGAAAUGUCACCUUAUUCUUUUCAGAAACUAGAUGGCGUGUUCUUGCUACAACUGAUCCUUACGAAAAGCUUGACCAACUUCAGUUUGUAUCUGGUUUGAUGGAGAUCCAGCAAUCAGAUGGUCGUGUUUAUGUGUAUACGCGUGAUUUUAAAAUUUUGAUAAGCAGUUUGGAGAAACUGGCAAGCAGCUGUGGCUUAAAACUACCUUCUGGUGCCUCUGGUGCUUUCCUUGAAGCCCCGGUCUUUACUCUUGAAGUCACAAUGGAUUGGGAAUGUGAUUCUGGAACUCCACUGAAUCAUUAUUUGUUUGCACUUCCAAUUGAAGGGAAGCCUCGUGACAAAGUUUUUGAUCCCUUCAGGUCUACGUCUCUGUCCCUCCGAUGGAAUUUCUCUUUUAGGCCCUCCCCUCCCUUGUGUGAGAGUCAAUCACCUUCUUUCUCUGCAGAAGAUGGCAAAGUUGUAGAUGGAACUGUCUAUGAUCCACCUUACAAGCUAGAAAAUGUUUCAAUUGUUUCACCAACAUUGAAUGUUGGUGCUCAUGAUUUAGCAUGGCUAAUUAAGUUCUGGAACAUGAACUAUCUUCCUCCACACAAAUUACGAUCCUUCUCUCGGUGGCCUCGCUUUGGAAUCGCAAGAGCUACCAGAUCAGGAAAUUUGUCAUUAGACAAGGUGAUGACAGAAUUUUUCUUCGCAUUGAUGUUACACCUACUUGUAUAA